CUUAAUUAAUCAGAGAUAAACCCCGUGAUUGAAGAUCCCUUUGCCGAUGACGCAGCCAGGGCAGCUAGUCAUUGGCUGGUCUGCACCACUAACAACAGCCUGAGGCGGCGUGCAAGUGGGUAUCAGUCAGUACAGUACGCUCAGCAGGUCGCUCCGCAACCAACCAGUCACUCCUCCUGCUUCUCCUCACUUACCCCCCGGGUACCGUGACCGUCACCUUCCUCUCGUCCUCGCCUCUCUCUGCCUCUCUCUCUCUUCUUCCUCGGCUUCCUUUUCCUCCUUCCAUCUCCCUCGAUCUUGGAUUCUCCAUCGUCGACAUCUUUAUCACUCUUUACUCUCGUUCUUUCUCAAACUUACGUCCGUCGUCUCUCUUGGAGUCGUUCCUUUAGGUGUCGCUGCCAUCAUGAAGUCCGUCUCUUUGCUCACAGCAUCUAUGCUGUUGGGCUACACCUCCGCUGAGGUCCACAAGCUCAAGCUUAACAAGGUCUCUCUUGAUGAGCAGUUGGCUACCCACAACAUUGACGCCCAUGUUCGCGCGCUGGGCCAAAAGUACAUGGGCAUUCGUCCCAACAUCCACAAUCAGCUACUCCAGGAGACACCCAUCAAUGACCUGAGCCGUCAUGACGUCCUUGUCGAUAACUUCAUGAACGCCCAGUACUUCUCGGAGAUUGAGCUCGGUACACCCCCUCAGACGUUCAAGGUCGUCUUGGACACCGGUAGCUCCAACCUUUGGGUUCCCUCUUCGGAGUGCGGGUCCAUUGCCUGCUACCUUCACAACAAAUACGACUCGUCUUCCUCGAGCACGUACAAGAAGAAUGGAAGCGAGUUCGCUAUCCGCUAUGGCUCUGGCAGCCUCAGCGGCUUCGUCUCCCAGGACACCCUCACGAUCGGCGACCUGACCAUCAAGGAACAGGACUUUGCUGAGGCCACCCAAGAACCUGGCCUGGCUUUCGCUUUCGGCCGGUUCGACGGCAUUCUCGGACUGGGCUAUGAUACCAUUUCCGUUAACAAGAUUGUUCCCCCCUUCUACAACAUGCUGAAGCAGGGUCUUCUGGACGAGCCCAUCUUUGCUUUCUACCUUGGCGAUGCCAACAAGGAAGGCGAUAGCUCUGAGGCCACCUUUGGUGGUGUUGACAAGGAUCACUACACCGGCGAGCUGAUCAAGAUCCCUCUUCGCCGCAAGGCCUACUGGGAGGUCGACCUCGAUUCCAUUGCUCUUGGUGAUGACGUUGCCGAGCUUGAGAACACCGGUGUUAUCCUCGACACCGGUACUUCCCUUAUUGCACUCCCUUCCAGCCUUGCUGAGAUGAUCAACGCCCAGAUUGGUGCCAAGAAGGGAUGGACUGGCCAGUACACCAUCGAUUGUGCCAAGCGCUCCUCCUUGCCUGAUGUGACUUUCGCUCUGAGCGGCCACAACUUUACCAUCAGUGCCUAUGACUACACCCUUGAGACCCAGGGAUCCUGCAUCAGUGCCUUCAUGGGCAUGGACUUCCCCGAGCCUGUCGGUCCCUUGGCCAUUCUGGGUGACUCCUUCCUGCGCAAGUGGUACAGCGUGUAUGACCUUGGCAACAGUGCUGUGGGUCUUGCUAAGGCCAAGUAAUGGGCCUCCGUCGAGUAUCGUGCUAUGUACGCAAGAUGGAGGGGAUGAUAUCACAUAUAUUAGCUUCGACCCCCUCGCGUGUAGUAAUCAUUGUUAUUAUGUUAUGCUUUUAAGAGAUGGGGACUGCAUUCGAAUUCAGUUGUUGCUACAGCCUAGG